CGUGCGCGCCCCCGCAGCCUGACGAAGUUGUGAUGUUGCCUGUGAGGAAGAUGGCGAAUGUGUGCAAUAUGGAGAUUCAACGCAGAAAUUAAAACAGUAGCGGGGAGGGCGGAGAAAAAACAGCAAACUUGGAGUGAAGGGAAAAGGUGGAUAAAGAGGGGGCGACACAAAGGCUAGAGAAAACCACGGAGAGAGAGAGGACUUCGAGAGGGACGUACGUAACUAGCCUGUAGCUAGCGCUGUCCGCAGCUGGCAGCUCCGCCUUACCGGCAGGCUGGUACAUGGCGGUUCAGGUUCGAAGCGGGUAGGUGGGGUGUCUGGGUGGUGCUGUAAAAAACCAACCGCAAGAUUAGCCCUUGCAGCUUGCUGAGGACCGACUUGGGAGAACUGUCUCUGAAGGAGCAGAGAACGGCGGGAGUCAGAGCUGGACUGAAGGUAUCAGCUGAGGCAGCAUGUCCUGCUCCUCAGACAGUGAGGAUGACAGCCUCAUUGCUAUGGAGACUGAGGAGGGUGGAGAAGUGCCAGAACAGGCUCCUGCAGAACAGGGAGAGGUGGAACUUGACUCUGGGAAGGACAGCACAGCUAUCGAUGGGGAGAAGACAGACAAAGCGGAGGUGCCACUUGACAGGGCCAUGGGGGAGCUUCCAGAAGAAGUUCUGGAGCACAUUCUGUCUUUCCUCUCCCCUUACCAGGAGCACAAGACUGCUGCCCUAGUCUGCAAACAGUGGUACCGGCUCAUCAAAGGUGUGGCGCACCAGUGUUACCAUGGUUUCCUGAGGGCUGUUCAAGAGGGCAGCAUCCAGUGGGAGAGCCGUACAUACCCCUAUCCAGGCACUCCUAUUACACAGCGCUUCUCUCACAGUGCGUGUUACUAUGAUUUGAACCAGUCCAUGUACGUGUUUGGUGGCUGUACCCAGAGCAGCUGCAAUGCUGCAUUUAAUGACCUUUGGAGGCUUGAUCUCAACAGCAAGGAAUGGAUCCGACCUUUGGCCUCAGGCUCAUAUCCUUCACCUAAGGCUGGGGCGACCUUGGUGAUGUACAAAGAUCUGCUUGUUCUCUUUGGAGGCUGGACCCGACCCAGCCCGUACCCUCUUCACCAGCCAGAGAGGUUUUUUGAUGAAAUCCACACUUACUCCCCCUCUAAGAAUUGGUGGAAUUGCAUUGUGACCACUCACGGGCCCCCACCGAUGGCAGGGCACUCCUCCUCAGUCAUUGGCAGCAAGAUGGUAGUGUUUGGAGGAUCCCUGGGAGCACGGCAGAUGAGUAAUGAAGUCUGGGUGCUGGAUCUUGAACACUGGUGCUGGUCUAAACCAUCCAUCUCUGGCCCAUUGCCCCACCCCCGAGGCGGUCAGUCUCAGAUUGUGAUUGACGAUGAAACUCUGUUGAUCCUGGGAGGCUGUGGAGGCCCCAAUGCUCUCUUGAAGGAUGCCUGGCUCCUGCACAUGGGCGCCCCUGUGUGGUCAUGGCAGCAGCUGCGGGUGGAGAAUGACGAUCACGGGGCUCCGGAACUAUGGUGUCACCCGGCCUGUAGGGUGGGCCAAUGCGUGGUGGUGUUUUCCCAGGCACCCAGUGGCCGUGCCCCACUUAGUCCCAGUCUAAAUUCCCGUCCGUCCCCCAUCAGCGCAACUCCUCCUCCCCUGGGUCCUGAUCCGCCACCACUACGCUCCCAGUCCCCAGUGAGGAGCGGGGCAGCAGGUGUGGUCCUAGGCGCAGCUGAAGAAGUGCCCUGUGUGAAUGGUCGCUGGGGGACUCUGAGACCACGUCCUUCUGCCAGAGGGAGUGCCAUAGAUGGGAGUCCCUCCCCGUCCCAACAGCUUUCACCCUCACGUGGUCCUGACAGCCCCCCGUUGCCUUCCCUGCCUCCUUUGCUCAAUGGCUUCUCCCCUUCCCCCCGCACCAGUCCCGCCCAAGCCAGCUCACCGCCCCCCCGCCCGCACCCCAUACACCUACACACUCAUGUACCGGCUGACUACAGUUUGGACUGCCCCCCUCCCUCUGCCUCGGAGCAUGCCAACACUAACGGCUUUCACACCCCUUCCAGUUCGCCUCACACCCCACCAGGGGCUGUGUCACCGACAGCACUGCGCAGGGGGCUGGAGGCCGUCAAAGCCCUUACGUCGUCCUCAGUGCCGUCUUCAUCCUUGCCACAGUCUCGGGGGGCUGCUGCAGGGGGACUAGCCUCUACCUCCUCGUCCUCCAGCCCACCGCAGGCCAGCCAGGGGGCUGCAGCAGAUGGACACUCCAUCCCUCCAAUCGCCCGCCGCCUUGGCCACCACCCCCCUCAGAGCCUGAAUGUGGGUAAACCCCUGUACCAGUCUCUCAACUGCAAGCCCAUGCAGAUGUACGUGCUGGAUGUGUCUCGGGCCAAAGUGAACGGCAUAGUCACGUGGAAGGUGUAUGGGAGUGGAGGGGCCCCACCUGCUGUCAUGGGGCCCCCAGAGACAAGCCUCCACACAGUGGUUCAAGGCAGGGGGGAGCUGAUCAUUUUUGGAGGCUUGAUGGACAAGAAACAAAAUGUAAAGUACUACCCCAAAACCAAUGCCUUGUACUUUGUGCGUGCCAAGAGAUAAUGCAGAGGAACAGAGGGAUGACGUCGGAACGGUCUCCUCCAACUUCUGAUAGGCCAAGCCUCAUUUCGAUUGUGUUCCAGAGCAGGUGUCUCUUACAAAAAGACAAGCAUGGUGGACUCGAGCAGCCGUGCUCAUUCUCAUGUCAUUCCCCAGCCACCCUCGUGCCCCUUCCUCCUCCACCUUGCCAAGACUCAUUAUUAGUCCAGUUCUGACCAAUGCAGUACAAAUGUGAAAUAUCCCAAAUGUGCCAGGGACUUUCUCAAUGCAUUCUGGAUGUUAGGACUGUUAUAUUGAUUUAAUACAUAAAUAAUAGCUUGACCCAUCUUAGAAGAGAAAUCAAGGUGGGAGUAAAAUAAUUCAUCUUCUUGAGACUUCAGUGGCUUUCCUUGACUCUCUCAAACAUAUUGAGAAAGCUGGGACAAGAGAGUGAUCUGUGUUUGUCUUUUUUUUUUUUUGUUCAUGAAACACAAAAAGCAUUGUUUACAAUGAGGUGUGUGUGUGUGCGCGCGCGUGCGUGCUUGGGUGUAUAUGCCAGCCAAUUUGCCUGACUAUUGUGCCCUACAUCAGGGUGAGUACAGAUAUGUGGGGGUUUAAUUUUAUAUUAUAUGGAAAGGAAGUCAUUUUAGAAGGAUAUGAAAUUAAUGGUUUGGGUGUAUGCAGUUCAGUAAUUCAGUAUUGCAAUUAAAAAUAAAGGUUUUUGAACUGGA